UUUUAUUCUCUCAAAAGACGAACGUAAAACUUUCCUAAUUUCACGUAAUAUAAAUAUGGAUUUAGUUAAGAAAAAUUGUUCAUAGAGGUACAGUGAAUAAACAAAUUUCGAUUGACUGUAGUUUUUUUUAUUUUUUUUUAUUUAUUCGCCUCAACAGUUCCACACUUACAUUGUUAUACUCAAAAUUGAUGUCAACAUAAGAGUCCAAACUUUUGAUCACUUUUCUGACUGAACUAUUGGGAUCAUAUUUUUAGUUUGUGAUCAUCCCAAUUUUUUGAGCAUCAAGAAUUCAAAUCUGUCGAGAAAAAAAAAUCUGUCUAACUGAGGAAGCACCUUUUAGGAUCUGUCAAAAAUAUCGUCUGAUCUAACGUUUGAACAUAUCUAGGUUACACCCUCGAACUUUAAAGAUAGCAUCUUAGCCCGGUGACUAGAUCAAAAGUAAUUCGGAUGAUCCGUUUUUUUUAUUUUUCGCACUAAAAGUUUGUCUCAAUAUUUAAUUUUGAAAUUUCUAUCUUUUUUUUUGAUUGGGGUAUAAAGAAAAAGUACGAAGAUUAAAUUAAGGAAUCUUUCAAAACACUUGUUUUCAUCUAAAAAAAAAAAAAUCGCGAAAAGUUCGAAAUUUUUGAGCAUCCCUGUUUGUAAAAUAUAAAUAGUAUUUAAAAAUAUUAAAUCAACACUACAAUGUAUGAAAAUAUAAUAUUAUUGCAAUACAAUUUUAUUAUAAUGUUUACAGUGAAAUGUUACAAAAAUCCCAUUUCCAAAAUCUAGAUUCCCUCGCAAAAUUCUGGGACCAAAUAAACUAUUAAUCUGUAUAUUAAUAGAUUUAUAUUCUCAUUAUAUGUCAAAAUCUUAUGAAUAACAUUCAUAAAUCCAUGCCUGGAACACUAGAGCACAAGUUUGUCAUAAUUGUGUCACAAUAAAAUAACAAUUUCUCCAUCAAACCUUUUAUUGUCAUUGUUUUAUCACGAGACCUCUAAAAAACGUUUUUACUCCCAAAUUGAUAAAGCAUCAUCUUUUCCUAUUGUUAGAACUAACCUAACUAAACCAGAAUAAAAAAAUCCCCACUAAAGGGGAAAAAAAUGCGAUUAAGUUUGUUUUUCCCUUUUUUUUUCUUUCUAAACAUAACCACCAUUUCGUUAUUACAAAAUAGUAUUCGUAAAGUUAUUUUUUUUCUUGUAUUUUAUUGUAUCUUUCCGCGUCAUUUAAAUUUGUUUUGGCGGAAACGGUCUGGGGAACAAUAACCCUUAAAUCCCUCACCUCCAUCAUAGAGAAGAGAAAGUAGACGGAAUAUUUUUUUUUGGUGUUUUUAUUAUUUUUUCCCUAUACCUUCAUUUGAUAUGCAAGCUGUUUGUUGUGUCUAGUUCUUCUCUUACAACGACGUUCGGUUAUUAGUUCCGCAGACAUUGUCCGUCGGACUGUACGGUCUAUCUCCCGUGUUACCGCACUUUAAAAAGCAGUGACAGUUUUUUUUGUUCCUUCGGAAAAAAAUGUUUUUAUUCAAAUUUUUAUCGGAAAAACUGUGUGUUUUAAUUGAAUAAAAAAAAUCCCUGCAAGUUCGUUUGGUUUUGGUUAAGUCAAUGGAGCAUAUGUUUUACAAGCUUUGAUUUUUAAAAUUUUGAGAAAUGAUGACUGCAAACACAACAUUCCGUGACUUAAAACAAGAAUUAAAAAUGACGCAAAUGGCGAAUAAUUACAUUGAUAACUUGUCCUUAAGAUCAUGGAUAUUCAUGCACAAGUCUGCGAUGCAGCAUCAUUCUCGUGAGGCUCACCGCGGUGACAUCAAACCCUACCAGUGCCAGCAGUGUCUCAAAUCUUUCUCCUCCAAUCACCAGCUGUUACAGCAUAUCCGAAUUCACACAGGAGAAAAACCCUACAAGUGUUCCUACUGCGACAGGCGCUUCAAGCAACUGUCACAUGUGCAACAACAUACCAGACUCCACACGGGAGAGCGACCUUAUAAAUGCCACCUUCCUGAGUGCAACAGGGCCUUCAUACAGUUAUCAAAUCUACAGCAACACCUUCGGAACCAUGAGAGCCAAGUGGAACGGGCCAAGAACAGGCCGUACGUCUGCAACACGUGCGGCAAGUGCUUCGCCACCGACAGUAGUCUACGGACGCAUGGCUCUAAAGUAAUGAGCUGUAGCCAAAAUAACCAGCACGUGGCCCUAAUCUCAAACCCAUUCGCUCAAGUGUGUCCUAUGUGCCAUAAGAGCUUCGUCAAUUCAGACCUAUUGAUGGAACACAUGCAGAUUAUGCACAAGAGCGGCAACAACCUAGGAAUGUCCACCACCAGUAAAAGAAGAACCAGCAGCCACCAGUGUCCGCUGUGCGGUAAAACGUAUGUGAACGAAGGAUCUUUGAGGAAGCAUAUUGCAUCCCACCAGGAUCCGGCCGCUACCAUGGCAGCAGGCUUGCAAGGCCCUCCCCUCAGAAUGUGGCCUUGCACCGUCUGCAACACCGUCUUCACACAAGAGGCUGGACUCCUGCACCAUAUGGAAGCCAUGCGCACCGACCCAAGACAUCAGUUCGCUGCUCAGUAUCUUCUGAGCCGUGCUGCUGCCGAACGGAGAAUGAAGGAUCCAAGUGACCCAUCUGGUUCUGGUAUGCCACCCUCCUCCUCUGCUGAGCAACAGCACCAUGCCCACUUGCAACAGCAGUGCUCCAAUAUGAUGGGAGGCAUGCCACCACCUCAACAGCAGCCACAACAACAACAGCAGCCACAGCCACAACAGCAGCAGCAACAACGUCUUGGUAGCAACAAUAGCAACAGCAGCAACUGUUGUAGCUCCGAUUCUGAAACGGAUCUCAACAAUAGCCCACCCACCGCCAAAUCAGACAACUCCUUACAACCGCAGCAGCAACAGCACUACACGAACAUGCUACAUUAACGAAAAUUGGACGUUUAAUCGCCAAGCAUGUAUAUAUAUAUACAUAUAUACUGUGCUGCCAUUUUAAAGUUAUAUAAAUCGGACACGAUAUAAAAGAAAGAAAAUUCCUGUACGAUAUUUGACAUAUAUUUGUAAUAUAUGUUAAAAACUUUAUGACAAUUAUUGGUAAAUUUAGCUCAUGACUUUUUCAGUUGUUCUGUACGACAUUAUUUACUAACAUCAGGCGAUAUGAAAGCCUUUUUAUUCUCAUAGACUGAUUUGUUUUUAUUUCCCUUUCAUUUUAGUUUGUUUAUCUUUGUUUGAUUCUAGUGACGAUAUCGAUGUAAAAUGAAGCAUACCUUAAAUUGUUUAUAUAAUGUAUAUGUAUAUCCUUUUAAGCAUGUAAAGAUUAUGAAUUUUUUUUUUACUCUUACUUAUAGAAAUGUGUUGCUGCAUUUGUAUAAUGUGGACAAUACCAAAUAUCUCAACGUAUUUCGAUGUUAUAAAGAUUCUUCAAAGAUAGUUUUAUAAUAAGUUAACAUUUGCAGCCCAUUAUAAAAAAAUAAUAUCCUUUCUAGGGGGAGUAAAAGUUUUAUUAAACAUGGUUAUGUUGAUACAAAAGAUUUUAAUGUCAUAUUAAGAAUUAUUGCUAUUUCAUUUGUAAAAGAAAUAGGUGAAGAGGGAAAUGAAACUUAUGUUGCUGAGAUAGUAUCUGUAAAAACAACAAUAAUUAUCUAUAAAAAGUUUAGAAUAUUACUCAUAACACCAUUUAUAAAUUUCCAUCGAAAACAGAAUAAAAUAUUUUUAAUUAUAAUCUAAACAUUGCUUGCAUUUAAUAGAAAUAUUACAUCGCCUAUUAUUACAAAAAUGCAAAACAUCAAUAUUGGUAUACAAAAAUUUGUUUUAUGAGAUUAUUUUGUUGUUGUUUUCUGUUAAAUUGAGCUAAAUGUUUAUGAUAAGUUUUAAAGAAAUAAUAAUAUCUAAGAAUCAGCUGACAAUAAAAUUAAACGUUCUAACUUCUAACGCAAAAAGAAGUAACAGAAUUGAUACGAAAUUAUUAGAUACGAAAUUAUAUUUGUGCAGUUAUUUUGUAACUUUAAAAUUUUUUCUAAUAUAUUUUUUUAAACAUAAAAGCAAUAAAAAUUUAGCUAGUAAAACAACGCUUAUGUCUAAGUUAAAUCUUCAAAAAGCUGCAUCUUCUAUCUCUGCAGAAUGACCAAAUAGAUAAGCAGCUAUUUCAGCAGAUAGAUAAGCAGCUAUUUGUUUUCUUAAAGUGAAUAAAUCUCUCAAAUAGAUGCUACUUCAGAUUAAGAGGACUGUUUAUAUCAUUGAGUAGAGAAAAAAUUAUAACUAUAUAAGACCUUAGGAGGACCAAUAUUUUUAUAUGGAAGUGAGUUUUUGGGAAUGAAUACGUCAGAAGUAGAUAGAGUUCUUAUAUUUGAACUAAAGUUUCUGAGAAGUAUUUUUGGUGCAGUAACGCUGAAUAAUAUGCGAGCAAUAAAGUACAACUUUGAGUUAUACAACAAAUUCAGAGAACCAAUUAUGGUGAAUUAUAUUAAAAUUCUAUUUGGUCGCAUCUAUAAAAAUGACCCAGUAAAACAAAAAAUUUCACAAGCAAGAAGGAAAAAGAGGUUGACCACACAGAAGAUGUUUAGAUAAUAUAGAAAAGUGUCUGAAGAGUGUGAGAUGGAGAGUAAUGGCGUCCGAUAGAUCGCGAUGGACAAAGCUGCUUAAGACAGCCAUGGCUGACAAUCGGCUGUAGUGCUGGUAGUGAAGGAGUUUAUUUUUGUCUUUAAAUUAUUUUUACAAAAGAAGUGUUUUUACAACAAUAUUAAGUUAUAUUAAUCGAAGUUAUUGCGCAUUUAAGAAAAAAAGCUUGGAGCAUCACAAACUGUUUCUCUUAGCUGUUUCGUAACAAGUUCACUGAAUAAAUAAAUAGCUAUAUCUCAAUGUUUGCAUCAAACAUUACCUUAUUUGGACAAUGUAAUGAUGACACACGUUUCAUCUAUGCUAUGUCUCAAAUGGUGCUAUAUCACGCAUCUCCGAUUUCAUAGCCGUCAUUUUUUUCUCUUUAUUUCCCACAUACAUGGCUACCAUAUAUCUCUAUAGUAAAAAGUUUUGUAGAAAAUAGUUCUCUGGUGAACCUUUUACAGUAUUAGUAUAGAUAUUUCACUCAUGAUGUAAAUAUUAUCAUAUAUUUGCUUCAUACUGUCAGAGAACUAAGUAUUGAAUCUUCGAAUAAAUAGCCUAAAUAAGAAUAUUCCGCCAAGAUAAGGUUAUUUUAAAAUAGUUGAAAUAUCCCUAAAUAUUAGUUAAUUAAAAUUCGAAUAUCUUAAAUAUUAAGGUUUUAA